AUGGACCGAAGGAUAGCAGCACUGAUCUUCGUGGUGACAGCAUUCGCCAGUUCAAGGACUGCGGAAAUCAAUGAUGCAGUGCAGCAGGAUCCCCAUGAUAAUGUAUGCCAAACGCCUGAGUGUAAAGAGAUGGGCAUAAAGCUUAGCCGUGCAGUUAACAGAAGUAAAAAUCCAUGUGAUGAUUUUUAUGAUUAUGUGUGCGAAAAUUGGAAGCAGGACAACACCAUUCCGCCAUAUUUGCCAAGCUAUGGACAUAUAUGGUUUGUACGAGAGAAACUGUCCAAGAGACUUAAAGAAAUCUUAAGCAACAUGACCCCACCAACAUAUCAAGCUGAAUCUCUUAAUGACAAAAUUGCCAUAGCCUAUCAAUCGUGCAUGAAUGAAGAUUCGUGCCAACCAGAAGAAGAAAUAAGCCGGCUACGAAAAACGUUGACAGAUUUUGGCAUCCCUAAAUGGCCGAUGAUACCUGGUUCAAAUGAAACUAUCGACUGGAAAGAAAUAUACCGAAAAAUACGAGUUGGAGCAGACACGUCGUUUAUUUUUAGCGUUGAUCUCUUACCUCAUAUUUUUAACACGUGGCAGCUAGCCAUUUACAUUGAACCUGCAAAAUUUGUGCCCAGUUCGUAUCAACUUUCUGAGGCACAAAAGGAAAAGGACAGCGCUGUGGAAGCCUAUAAAAAUUUCAUCAAGCAAACAGUAAUUUUGUUUUCGGAAAAGGAGGACAUUAAUGUAACGACAAAGAUUGUUCAAGAUAUAUUUGACUUCGAAGUAAAUUUAACAAAGAAAAUCUAUGACUGGGGGUUAGACCUGCCAGAUUUUCCAGAUUAUAAUUAUACGUAUGAUUACCCCGAUGAUUACGGAGUGGAGUCCUCAAGCACCGUAGAGCCUGAACUGCUCCAGGCGAGAAGUGACGAAUCUACAAGCCCACCUCAAAAGGAGCCCGAGCCAUCCACGAAGCUGAAAGACGUUGAUAGAAAAUUAGAAUCAGAAGGGUGGUUUCAGCUUGUAAAGGAUAUCUUCCAAGAUGCGUCAGUCACCUUAACCGGAGAAGAGGAAGUGAAUACUUUCAAUCAAAGAUUCCUUAAGGGAGCUAUGAAGUUGCUGAAUGAAACAUCUGGGGUAAUAGUGAACAACUAUUUUGGAUGGAAACUUCUGUCUAAAUUGGGUCCGAUUGCUUCGCAUAAUAUGACAACACUCAACUUUAACUUCAACAAAGUUUGGAGGGGACUCCAGGAAACAGAGCCUCGAUGGAGACAUUGCAUCAGCGCAGUAAACGAUCCGUAUGACCCCAUAAUCGGCAACGGGAUGGGAAAGCUGUAUGUGGAUAAGUACUUUAAUUCAACGCAGAAACAAGAUGUAGAGUCACUUGCCGAAAGUGUUAGAGAGGCUCAGGUAGCUGUUAUUCAAAAUACGAUAUGGAUGGACAAUGGCACUAAAGAAGAGGCAAUAAAUAAGUUCAAAAAUGUGGUUUUUAAAAUAGGCUACCCCGAAGACAUAUAUCAAGAAGAUGUCUUAAAAGACAUGUAUAAACACGUUGGGAACAAGGCGCACUGUCCGUACAAUCGGAGUAAAGAAUGGUCCCAUGAAGUGAGCAAAGUGUUUCCCGCUUAUUCGUCUCUGGAAAAUUCAGUUGUAUUGACGGCGGUGACAUUGCAACACCCGUUCUACUCCUCUGGACUGCCAUCCUCUGUCAAAAUGGGAACUCUGGGAUUUAUUUUAGGACACGAGCUCAAUCACGGCUUUUUUUACCCAGGAAAUCAUCACGACGGGAAUGGAAACAAACGCGAAUGGUGGAAUGAAAACACGACGCAGAAUUUCACUCCCCUCAAAAGUUGUGUCGACAAACUGUAUGAUGGUCAGACGGAAGAAGAAACUGGCUUGAACAUUAGUGGAUAUGAAACACUUUACGAAAAUAUUGCCGAUAUUAAAGGCUUACAAACUGCAUUUGAGGCUCAUAAGAAACUGUUGACGCAGCACCCCUCCACGCCGCAGCGCUUGCCAUGCAUGACUGAGUUUAAUGCUGACCAGUUGUUUUUUAUAUCACUGGCAUAUAGCUUUUGCCAAAACGAUCAGGACGCAGAACUCAGGGACAUUGUCAAGCGGGACCCUCAUUCCCCAUCUAAAAUAAGGGUCAACCGGCAUCUUGGCAAUUCUCCCAUCUUUUUGAAGACAUUCAGCUGCAAUGCGACCAGUCGCAUGAAUAUAACAAACAAAUGCUACGUGUAA